CAGGUUUGAUGAUGCAUUAAUGAAAGCUAUUAGAAAGUCCGAAUACACUCAACCGACGCCUAUUCAAGCACAGUCUAUACCAGCAGCUUUGGGAGGCAGGGAUAUCAUAGGCAUUGCCAAAACAGGUAGUGGUAAGACGGCUGCCUUUCUGUGGCCCAUGUUGGUGCAUAUUAUGGACCAAAACAGCUGGCUGAAGGGGAUGGACCUAUUGGGCUUAUUCUGGCACCUACCCGCGAUUAUCACUACAGAUCUACAACGAAGCGAAAAAAUUUGGCAAAGUGUACAAUAUGAGCGUGGUGUGCUGCUAUGGAGGGGGGUCGAAGUGGGAACAGAGCAAGGCCCUGGAGGGGGGAGCAGAGAUUGUGGUGGCCACUCCGGGCCGGAUGAUAGAUCUCGUCAAAAUGAAGGCACCAAUCUGACAAGGGUCACCUUCUUGGUACUGGACGAAGCUGACAGGAUGUUCGAUAUGGGAUUUGAACCGCAAGUGCGUCAAUCUGCACCACACCAGGCCCGACAGGCAGACUUUGCUGUUCAGUGCAACGUUCAAGAAGCGCAUAGAGAGGCUGGCCAGGGAUGCACUGACCGACCCCGUUCGCAUAGUGCAGGGAGAUGCUGGAGAGGCCAACUGUGACGUCACACAGCUUGUGCACGUCAUGCCGCAGG